AUGGAUGAGAUCUUCCUGGCUGUGAGUGGAUGCGAAUACGACAUCAUCAUUCUAGUGGAGACCAAUUUAGACGAAUCAAUAACAUCAGUACAACUGUUUGGUGAUAACUACAAUGUCUUCAGGAAUGAUCGGAACAUUCAUAAUAGCACUAAAAAAUCUGGAGGAGGUGUUCUCAUCGCCGUUCGUCGUCAAUUGGCUUCAUCUCCUAUGUGCAGCGCUGAGUUAGAUUUCGAACUAGUGUUCACAAAAGUCCAAAUCGAUGACACGAACCUACUCAUUAGUGCCGGAUACAUCCCACCCGAACUGCGUGCUAACGUUUUAUAUAUGAGGCGUUUUGUCGAUGCAAACAAUAACGCUCUUGAUUGUACCCGCGAUGGUGAUACAAUCAUCGUAUGCGGUGAUUUCAAUCAAGCUAAUCUCCUGUGGAAAUCUGAAGAGUCAAACUUUGUAACUGCUGAUACCAACAGCGUGGAAACGGCAAGUGCCUGCUUGCUAGAUAACAUGGCCUUGAUGAAUCUGAAACAAUUUUGCGGAAUUUUGAAUCCUUGGAAUCACAUUCUUGAUCUCGUAUUUUCCAAUGCUGAUUCAUGUAUUGUUCACGAAGCUGCUGUUGCAAUAGUGAAAAUCGAUCGUCCUCAUCCACCAUUAGAAAUAACACUCGUCUUUAGCGGCAGCGAGUCAUUGUUUGAGCACGAAGACAUUCCCCAACUGGAUUUCAAUUGCAUUGACUUCGUUGCAUUGAAUGCUUUUUUGGCCGAUAUUGACUGGACAGAUGCUUUGUCUUGCACUGAUGUGGACCUUGCCGUGGAGAAGUUUAGCAAUCCUAUUUUACAGUGGCUUGCUUCUAACGUUCCAAAAAAGCGAUUGCCUGCCAAACCGCCUUGGGGAAAUGCACAUCUUCAUUUUCUAAAACGCAAAAAGAAUGCAUGUCAGCGUCAUUACCGGAGACUACGAACCCCCGUCCAUAAGCUCCGUUUCCAAAUCGCUAGCGAUUCAUACAGGACUCUCAACUGUUUUCUUUAUAAGCAAUACGUUGCCAAAACGCAAAGUAGCCUCCAUAGAAAUCCUAAACGUUUCUGGAACUUUUUUAACUCUAAACGCAAGAGUAUCGAUGGUGUGCCUGCUACGGUGUCUCUGUUUGAUGAAGUUGCAACUAAUGCUUCGGAUAAAUGUGAACUCUACGCAAAGCAUUUUGUAAGCGUUUUCAAUACUGCUAGCGCGACAAUGGGCCAAGCUAAGUCUGCUGCAUCCGCUGUUCCGGGUAGUAUGUGUGACUUGAGUCUACCGGUCAUAACCGAGGAAAUAUUACAUACUGCAGCAAAGAAAUUAAAAUCGUCCACAGCUCCUGGACCCGAUGGAAUUCCAGCUGUCGUAUUCAAAAAAUGCAUUGAAAUUCUAACUUCUAUGUGCUGGCUCUAA